GGUAUUAUUUAAAACAGCAACGUAUAUUUUUACAUUAACCUUAGUUGAAAGUUAUUUUGUUUAUUAUCUCUUUAAUUCUAUUCAAUAAAAUAUGACAAUGAAGAGUGAAAGCAUGGAAUUGUAUACAAAAAUAACAAAUCAUGAAGCUUAUGGAACUUCAUACAAGUGGUCCCCUAAAGAUUUUGAGCUAGGUACACCCCUUGGACAGGGCAAGUUUGGACAUGUACAUAUAGCAAGAGAAAAGAAAACGGGUUAUAUUGUAGCCAUUAAAACAUUAUUCAAAUCACAAAUAGUAAAAUCCAGAUGUGAGCGUCAAGUAAUGAGAGAAAUAGAAAUACAGUCACAUUUGAAGCACCCAAAUGUACUGCGCCUACUCACAUGGUUCCAUGAUGAGCGUAGAAUUUACUUGGUGGUGGAGUUUGCAGCUGGUGGAGAACUUUACAAACAUUUAACAAACUCUCCCAAAGGACGCUUCCCUGAGGCUAAAGCAGCCAAGUAUAUAUAUCAGGUUGCAGAUGCUGUAGAGUACUGCCAUCAGAAUCAUGUUAUCCAUCGUGAUAUAAAGCCAGAAAACAUCUUGGUUGAUUUCAGUGGUGAUCUCAAGUUGGCUGAUUUUGGUUGGUCUGUGCAUGCACCAUCACAACGACGCAAAACAAUGUGUGGUACACUGGACUACUUGCCGCCAGAGAUGAUAAAACGUGAAAUUUAUGAUGUAUCAGUGGACCAUUGGUGCAUUGGUGUGUUAUUAUAUGAAUUCUUAGUUGGAAAACCACCAUUUGAGAGUGAAGGUCAGGACAAAACAUAUGCAAGAAUCCUUGCUUUAGACAUGCUAUACCCAGACCAUGUGCCUGAAGGUGCUAAAGAUCUCAUAUCGAAGCUUCUACGACAUUCAAGUAAAGAGAGAUUAUCACUAGACGCAGUCAAAAAACAUUAUUGGGUGCAACAAUUUCAAAAUGGAUCAUAAUAUAUCACCUAUACUUUUGCAUUAGUCUUAAUUUUUAAUUAUUUUACUUAAUCAUAGAAAUAAAAAUAUUUUUAACAGUAUAUAAAUAAUGUAU